ACGCACGCUCUUCUCAUUUGUUGCUAAUGUUUUUUUGGGAGUGGUUUUGUUUGUUAAUCUAAAACGUUUAUUUACCUUGAGCUUAUCCGCUAUCUAUCGAUUGCGUUAAUUACUCAAGAUAUACGAUGAAAUCGUGGGAGAUAGCUCUGGUGUUGGUCGCCGCAGUGUACUUGUGUUCGCAAGUAAACUUCGUGGCCGGUCUGGAGUGCUAUGUGUGCUCCAACCAGACGGGCAACACGGAAAAGUGCCUGAACACCAUCAAAACCUGCGAGCCCUUUGAAAAUGUCUGCGGCACGGAGAUCCGCUGGGGAUCCCAGCCGUACUUCUCGGAGGGUGCCCUGAAGCAGUACUACGUCUCCAAGAGAUGCAUGACCAAGGAGCAGUGCCAGUCCAAGAGGAAGCGGUAUAUGCAGCUGUACUGUACCCACAUAUGGUACGAGGAUUGGGCGUGCAAUGAGUGCUGCAAGGGAGAUCGAUGCAACUACUUUGUGAUUAGUGGCGCUUCUUCAAGACAAGGCUAUGGAGUUUGUUUCACCCUGUUCACCGCACUAUUAGGUCUUGGAACUUGGCUUAUGUCACGCUCUUAGCCGCAAGAGCCUAUGCUAUACAAAGCACAUAUCGCUUUUUGUAAUAUUCAAACGAAGCCGUCCAUAAGCUAAGUAGGUUCCACACUCGAAUUAAAAGUACACCGUCCAAGUGCCUUGACUCAGUUGGGAAGUUAUUCCAAUUACUAUCGUGAUGCUUUGCGAAGCGGAGUUGCCUCUCUAAUACUUUACAUACUUUCAACAAGGUACAUAAUAUUUUUAAAUUGACGCGUAAUUGACUUUUCUUGUAAGUUUCUAAACACUUGCACAUUUUAAAGUUUCAUAAUUGCUUAUCGAUUUUCAAAUUUGUUAGACUUUUCAUGUUUCAUUCCGGGCAGGAAAUUUCCUAAAACAAGAGGAAGCUCAAACAUUUACAUUAAGUAAAACCUAUUAUAAGAAUCGAAUGAAUGCCUUACAAAAAAUAAUCUCUUUCGUAUCGAAUCUCCCCCACAAUAAAGCAACUUUGACGUCUUUUUGGCGCUUUAAUAUACAAGUAA